AUGCCCGUCUCCAGGACUCUUAUCCUGCCCCCACGCAAGGCCCCGCCUCCAGGACGCCACGAACCUGGACGCUUCCAAGGCCCCGCUUCCAGGAUCGCCCUAUCCUGGCCACGCCCCAGGACCCGCCAACCUGGACUCUCCCCAGCACCUGCCCUAACGGCGCUUAUCCUGGCCCUACCCCAGGCCUCGCCCUCAUGUCGCUCAUCCUGGCCCCACCCCAGGCCCCGCCCUCAUAACGCUCAUCCUGGUCUCGCCCUAGGGUCCGCUCCCACGAAGCUCCUCCUGACCCUAUCCGCGGGCCCCGCCCCCUGUCUGCCCCCGCGCACUGCCCUGGGCCCGCCCCCUCUUCAGUCCAGGCCCGGCUUCCGCCCGGUCUCCCGGCAACGCUGCGGCCCCGACCACGUCAUGGCGCCCGAGGAGAACGCGGGGAGCGAACUCUUGCUGCAGAGUUUCGAGCGCCGCUUCCUGGCUGCGCGCGCACUGCCCUCCUUCCCCUGGCAGGUGGGCGGUGGGGCGGAGAGGCCCGCGGGGCUCUCUGGAGUCCAGGGGCAGACGGGAUGGGUCUCCGUGGUGAAGCCCCCGGCGUUCCUGCCACGUGAGUGCCUGGGAUCCCGCCGGUCAGGGCCGCGCCACCCGGUCCCCGUCCCUGGGGCCUGGCCAGAGUCGCUCGCACCCCUCCUGCCCCGCGGGCUGGCGGCGGAAGCUGGGUGCGUCUCCACUGUCUUGGGGGGCAGACGCGCGCUCGGUGUGGGGUACAGUUCACGAUGAUUUUCACGACUUUUUAAAGGCAGUAAUCGUUCUGGUCACUGGGACACAGCUGCCCUCGCCCAUUCUAAAAAGUCAGCGCCCUCAGGACCGCGGGUAACCACGUCCUCCUGAGCGCGUUGACCAGGUCACAGGCUGUCCCUUGUGCCUCAGUGUUCUCAUCUGUAUGUCGAGCACCGCACAGAAUCGGCUCAUGCGCUGAGGCUCUGACGCCUGUGAUGGAAGAGUCAGAGAAGGGGGUGGCCUCUCGUCCCUCUGGGGACCUGCCAUUCUCAGCACAGGCGCAUGGCAGGCAGCAGCCUCCCUUAUGCCAGCAGAGGGGCUUAAUGCACCCCGCCCCAUUUGUAAUUCAUGUGCGGUGAGCUCACUGGGAUGAGUCAGUGUGGAUAUAUAUUCCUCCCUAGGUCUGCCCCGUUUUAUGGGGUGUUGCUUAAUCAUUUGCGUUAUUCCAUUGACAAAAUAUUUAGCACUCAGAGAUCUUUCCUGGUCAGGAGAAAUUUGUGCAUUUUUAACCCAAAAUAGAAACCUUCAUAAAAGCAUCAUAGGUCUCCAUUCAGUAUUGACUAUAAUUGUUCACAUGCCCAUGCUGAAUGCUAAGUUGGGCUCACCCUCAACACCCACGAGGUGGGUACUAUUAUUAUCACUCGCAUUUGACGAGAGGGAUUGUUUGAUUAG